CCUGAAACCCGAUAUGUUAGUGAAAGUGUGGGUUCCAAACCGCCUGGCUGGCGUGUCAUUAAUGUCCGGGGUACAACAGCUGAGCGGUAACCGAUCUGGAGUGGGACAAACAAGUUCGGUGGUCCUGCCUUUGUGUUGGACGUGUUUCCUACAUGAAACACGGCUUGUCAGGGCGGCAGGGAUACAGGAGGAGGGGUGCAGCUGUGAAGGUCGGAUGAAGGACGCAGGAAUGACCACCAUGGCCAGUCGCUUCACCGACGGGAAGAUUUCUCAGGAACUGCGAGACAUCACCGACGACUCCUACAAGGACCUCCGCAGACCCAAGCGCGUACGCUUCUACAAGAACGGGGACCGGUACUUCCACGGUCGUAAGUUCCGUAUCACGCCACACCGCUACCUGACGUUCGGGGAGCUGCUACAGGACCUCAACAAGGUUGGGAACCUUUUCCUUCACAAAAAGAAAGUUGUAAACCUCCCGUAUGGGGUUAGGAGAAUCUACACACCGAUCAGCGGGACACAGAUAACGAGCGUGGAUGAACUGAAGGACGGACAGUCGUACGUUUGUGCCUCGUUCGAGCGUUUCCAGAGGAUCAAGUACGGCUCCGAGGAGUACCGUGUGGACUGGAACGCUGGAUACGGAGCAAAAAUAAUUGCUGAACUGGAAUGA